GUCCAGUCUUCUUGUAAUUUAAGUCACUGCAGUAAGCUAAUGAAACUAUUGACGGAUUUGUAACAUUUAUAAUAUUUACAUAAAAUGAUUUUUCUAAAGGAAAAUUACAGUGUUCUCUUAAUUUUAGAUAGUGAAAUUUCAAGUAAUGACAUUACAGAUUUUAUUGCUACAAUAAAGAAAUACCUUAAGAAUGCAGAACAGCUGACAAUUGCAUCACCGAAAGAGCUAGAAAAAUCUAUUAGCAAAGCAACUUUCUACGAUACGAUUAUUUCAAUCUUUAAACUAUCAUGCCCAAAUUACAAAUCAGUUUUUGAAGAAUGUUUAAGAAUAUUAAAACCUGGAGGCAUAUUAAUUAAUUAUGAAUCAUUUGAACAAACAGAAAAUAUGCUUGCUGUUUAUGAAGGAAGAGUGUCAAGUUUGAAAUUGACUGGUUUUAAAGUUAAAACACAGGAAGAGUUAGAUACACAAAAAUUGAAAACUCAUUUACACAGUGUAUACAAUGCCAUGGAUAAAGUUUGUGAAUUAGUAGCAGAGAAACCAUCAUUUGACAUUGGUUCUAGUGUAACACUUAAUUUUGGAAAAGAAAAGUUAUCCAAUGUAUGGAAAUUAGAUGAUGUUGUUGAUGAAGAAUUAAUUAAUGAAGAUGAGCUGUUAGAUGAAAGUGAUAUAAAAGUUAACACAUUUAGCUUAAGGGUAUGCAGUACAACGGGUAAAAGAAAAGCAUGUAAAGAUUGCACUUGUGGAUUAGCUGAGGAAUUAAGUGGUAAAACUGUUCAGAAAGAUACUGUAAAAUCUUCAUGUGGAAAUUGCUAUCUUGGUGAUGCAUUUCGAUGUGCCAGUUGUCCAUACCUUGGUAUGCCUGCAUUUAAGCCUGGUGAAAAAGUAGUUUUAGCUGAAACUCAGUUGAAAGCAGACUAAGGAAAUUUGUGUUAUUCCUCUAUUCUCAUGUUCACUUUUAUUAUAGUUGGCAAAUUGAUUUAUUUAUCUUAAAAAGUAAUACAAAUUAUUUAAAAUUAGUAAUAAAUUCAUGAAAAUAUAUCGCUAUUUAAGUUAUUUUAUUUCAUUCUAUUUGCAUAUAGCAGUAAUUAACAUGUUAAUCAUAAUAGAAUGAUAGAAAAUAUUUACGUUUCUAGUAUUUUUGGUAUAUAUCAAUGUUAACAAAACAAUUUAAGUGCUGCAUAAUUAUUAUACAAAGGCCCAAAAUAUUCAAUAUCUUUUAUGUACCAAUCAUUUUAUUGUUUCAACAAUGCUUUUACCGCAAUACAGUUACCACUGUAGUAAGUACAAAGCUAAUAAAGAAUAAAAGUUGGAAAUAGUAAUUUGGAAA